UAAAGAUAUAUCACAAGUACAGGUCGACUAGAAUAAAAAGACAAGACUGUGAAAAUGAUGCAGAAAGGAAAAGCCUGUAGUUUAAGGAUCAUAACGUCUUCGAAGAAAAUUCUCCAUAUACCUCACGGUUAUUUCUGUUUGUAUGUGAAAAUACAGAAACUACAUCAUAACUAAGGCGAAGUAGACACUUAAAAGUAUGCCUCCCUUAAGGCAGCCGAAAUACUGUCAUUUGAUAACUGUCUUUCGUCAUUGUGGCUUAAAGAUAACGAAGGAAUUGUUUCUGAAAAAUGUACAAGAUAUUACACCCGUGGGCCACGACCCUUUUCCAUGGACUGUUGAUGAUUUUCUUUUUCAAAAUAAACGAGAGAUUAUUAAGCACAGGAAAGAUCUGAAACAGAUAUUAUUUCCUGCGUUUGGGAAGCGGACAAACUUAGGUGAUUGGGAUAUAAGCACGUUUUGCUUUCUUCUUAUCAAGAUCUGCAAGCUUGAGGGAAAUUCCAGGCAAGGCAUACAAAAUUUACGAAACGUUAGGAACAGGCUUAUUCAUUUUGGAGAAGGAGACAUCGACGAUCAGUUGUAUAAAAGAUUCAUAGGAAUGAUCGAGGAAAUAAUAGACAGAUGUUCGGAAGAAAUCGGUAAUCCUGCGCUUACAAAAGAACUGAGAGCUGUUCUAAAUGAAACGGAAGCUGUAGAAACAGCCGAGAUUGAAGAAGAAGAGAAGAAAUUGAGAGAAUGGUACACUGAUGAACAUAAAUAUGGCCUAGAGUAUGCAAUAACAAUGCGAGGUGUUGAUGAACUGACAACAGCAUUGCAAAACUUUCAAGUAAGAUUUCAGGAAAAUGAGAGAUCGAUGCAAAUUCCUAUCUCAUUUGGGAUUGUAAUACGUUUUACCGGAAUGAGCAAGGCAGCAGAAGAAGCUCUUUCAGAUGCACAACAACGUAUUGAAUCUGGUACAGUUCCCACAACCAACUGUUUUUCGAGGACAUUCAACAUUUGCAUUGAGCGAAUUAGAGAAGACGUUCGGCAAAAGGGCCUAGAGUUCGAAAGCCAUACUGCAGAGUCAAUAAUUGGUCCCAUCAUACAGCGGCGCCUACAAGAUAUCAGAACUGAAAUUGAAGACAUUGCUGGUGACAUGGUGGAGAUGCAUACAUACAUACCUCCUGAUAUCAGUCAGGAAAUUAUGAGUGAAUUGGAUAGUUCCAGUUGGAGAAGCUGCAUUGAACAGAAAAACAAAACACGUGCUUCUGAGCUGCUUAAAUCAGGCAUACUUCCCAGGAGUAAAGAGACAAUUGAUGAAAUAUGUUCAGUAUUUCAAGAUGAAAGGGAUUUUAUUUUGCAAUUAUGUAAUGAUAUAUGCAAGGAAAUAGUCAAGGCAAGUGACGGAGUAACACAUGUUUGGGCAGCCUAUACAUUGGAGAAUAAGACGAAUAUAACUUUUGUUAUUCAUACCGACAUCAACCCCAGAAUUAAGUUAUAUGGUGCGUAUAGAUAUAUUCACAGAGUCAAUUACACAUUUAGCUCAGAGGGCAAUGACGUACUUUCAGAUCCCAAAUAUUUAGAAACCAAGUUGACAAAUGAGGAAAGAGAAACCAUUUGCAGAUGGAUAAAAGGUAACAGAAAAGAACUAAUGAAAAAUCAUAAAUACCUAUCCAUAAUUGCUGCAAGUCCAGUAAGAUCUCGAAAAUAUAAGCCCUCAUCAUGUCCAAAUUUAAUUCAAAAAGCGUGUAUCUGUCUUUAUGUUCCUGUGAAAGGUUAUAUUCCUAUUGACGAACUGCCGUUUAAAGCCAGUUACAAUAAUAUCGAAACUGAUGUGAGAGAGGGAAUAUUCACACCUUACAUGCAUUCUCAGGAAGAUAAGGAGGAAUGUCUACGGUUUGGGUGUCAGAUUGAAAAUUCACCUUCGAGUGAUACACCGCAAAGUGGUGCGCUUUGUGGUUUCAUUGAACACCCUAGAUAUGGUAUUUGUGGAAUAACCUCCGCUCAUGUUUUGCUGGAUCCUAAGACAUUUGAAAAACUUAAAAAUGAAAAGGAAGUGAUUUGGCCCUUAUCUCCUGAUAAUGAGUCUCAUGGUCACGUUUAUUGGCAUUGUGGUCAAACACAAAUUGGUGAUAUUGUCCGAGCUUUGUAUUGUAAAGGUGACGAAUUAGAUGAAGAUGGAUAUGAGGUUGCGUUAUUUAAAAUCACAAAUGGACGUCCUAAAACAGGACAAUUUCACGGAGAUGAGUGUGAUUCAUACAAUUCUGGACUUACCUACAACUAUUUAUGGAUGGCCAAUUCUCCGUUUGUCUUUAAAUUUGGAUGGAAAACAAAAAAGACAAAAGCUAAAUUUGCCGAUGAUGGUAUUUGCAUUUCUGUUAAAACAGCAAAUGUUGUUCUUGGGAAAAAAUUAGGUUUUGAGUUGCAUGGUCAGCUGAUGGUUAAUUCUGAGGCAUUUGCAGACAAGGGAGAUUCUGGCGCUCCUGUGUUUACAAAAAGGCAUGAUGGGGAGAUUGUUUGUGUUGGCUUGGUAACGGGUGGUACUUCGUAUGGGGCUACAGUAGUUACACCAAUUGAACCUAUAUUGAAGGCUCUGAAAGUUUCAGGGUUGAAAAACUUUGAACAGUCAAAACUAGAAGACAAACUAGAUCGAAUAGAAGGUAGUCUAGAAACACUGAAUACCAAACUUAAUAAGUUACUAAAACGAGAGUAAAAAGGGGGAACAGAAGGCACCCGGAGAUUCCGACACACGACCCAGGCACAAUAGCGAUGAGAAGAACACCACAGAUUCUUGUACUAAAGAUGAAAUACACAAGCGCGUAGCAAACUCUCCAGGUUUAAGCCGUAAAAAGAAAAAGAGUGAAUCUAUCAACAGACAGGAUCACGCUACAAAUGAAGAAAAAAUGAAGCAACAGUAGUGACUAGACUAUUUUUAUAUUAAACAGAGGAUAUCGCAUAUACAUACACUUGAACUGAGACUUAUCAAAACCAAGCGCCAAUCCAAAGUUUUUACCUAACAGUUAUUAUUUUGAAAGAGUAUGUUUUCUCAUUGAUGGCUGUAAUAUUCAUUUUGCCAAAAAUACUGUUGCAAAAGUCAUUGUCGACAUUUUUGAAAUAACAGGGAGCAUAGGUCACCUGAGAUACCGCAAACAUACAGACAGUGCUUUGUGGGUGACAAUUUGCUUAUGCAUAAAACUUGGAAAUGGUGUUUUUUUUUUUUGUUAUAUAGAAAACUAUGAUCAUUUGCUCAAAAACAGCUAAUGGGACAUUAAAUAUAACUAUUUAAAAAAAGGAAAAAAGAAAGAAAAAUGGAAAACCACAGAUCGCCUAACACGACAUAAACGAAAAUGUUGCAGGCUCGGUUUGACCCAGCCUGCUCGUGGACGGCAGUGGAAGUGCAAGCUACAGUUCACGCCCUCUAGCCCUGGGUUGAGCAUGUUAUAAGUACCAGAAUGUAAUUUAGAGACAUACGCAGAUGUUAUAGAGACAUUUCUAUGAAAGAAAAAUGUCAACGAAUUUCAGGAAUUGCAUGUCGUUGCUUGGACCAUUUUAAGAUAUUUAUUGGGGUGGAGAAUUGACUUUAAAACUCUUGAUCAGUAAAGCAUCGUACAUGUCAAAUUUUUCAAGAGUUGUAUCUUGAAAUAUAUUGGUGGGACUUUUAUGUUAACAAAACAAACGAAAAAAUAAAAGGUUUAAAUCACCAUCAUGUUUGUCUUAAACAUAAGAAGUAAACAUAUCAUUUCUUAUAUGAGUGACAUAUAUGUAUUUUAGACCAUCUGUUAAAUUAUGUUCAUAUGAUGCCUUAUAACAUGGUUUCGUUUCGGUAAGACUGAUAGGUAUAUUGAUUUAGUAUACUGGCAUUUAAUUUUGUAUGGGACUCGUGCAAGCCAUUCCAACAAUUCGUCUCGGUAAGAUCGAUAGGUUAAAUACAGUUGGUGGCUGAUUUCUGCGAUUUCGCGUUUUCGCCCCGCGACCCCUCCGAUCGAAAAUACAAGAAUUAACAAGUUAAAAUGGCAGGGGCGCGGAGCGAAAACACGAUAAUUAGCGGGGUCGGGGGGAGAUAAGUCGACAUUUAGUAACUCUAAUGGCGGGGGCGCGGUGUGAAACCCCGACGUUUGAAGAGUGCUAAUGAUCAUGUUUUCGCCCCGCACCCUCGCCAUUUUAGUUACUCGACUCUUCGCCCCGCGACCCCGACAAUUAGCGUGUUUUCGCCCACCUCCACCCCCGCUAUUGUAAUGCUUAAAUUCCGCCUUUUCGCCCCGCGAUCUCGCUAAUUAGAGUGCUGUCGCCCCUCGACCCCGCCGUUUUUAGAUCGACUAUUCAAAGAAUAGUAGAGGUAUUGGACUCGCCCGUGCGUCGGCGUCGGCGUUGGCGUCGGCGUCGGAGUCCCGAUUUGGUUAAGUUUUUGUAUGUAAGCUGGUAUCUCAGUAGCCACUUGUGUGAAUGGAUUGAAACUUUACACAUUUAUUCACUGUGAUAAACUGACUUACAUUGCACAGGUUCCAUAACUCUAGUUUGUUUCUUUAUAAAAUUAUGCCCCUUUUUCGACUUAGAAAUUUUUGGUUAAGGUUUUGUUUGUAAGCUUGUAUCUCAGUUCCCACUAAUGGGAAUGGAUCGAAACUUCACACACUAGCUUGUUCACUGUCAUCAUGUGACAUGUACUAAGCAGGUCCCAUAACUCUACUUUUUGUUCGAAAUUAUGCCCCUUUUUCCACUUGGCAGUUUUUGGUUAAGUUUUUGUAUGUAAGCUUGUAUCUCAGUAUCCACUAACGGGAAUGGAUUGAAACUUCACACACUUGCUUACUGUCAUGAUCUGACAUGCACUGUGCCUGUCCCAUAACUCUACUUUGCAUUUUUUCAAAAUUAUGCACCUUUUUUGACUUAGCAGUUUUGGGUUAAGUUUUUGUAUGUAAGCUGGUAUCUCAGUACCAACUAAUGGGAAUGGAUUAAAACUUCACACACUUGUUCACUGUCAUGAUCUGAUAUGCAGUGCACAGAUUACAUAACUCUACUUUGCAUUUUUACAAAAUUAUGCCCCUUUUCGACUUAGCAGUUUUUGGUUAAGUUUUUGUAUGUAAGCUGGUAUCUAAUGAGAAUGGAUUGAAACUUCACACACUUGUUCGCUGUCAUGAUCUGACAUGUGAUGCACAGGUUACAUAACUCUACUUUGCAUUUUUACAAAAUUAUGACCCUUUUUUGACUUAGCAGUUUUUGGUUAAGUUUUUGUAUGUAAGCUUGUAUCUCAGUGCCCACUUAUGGGAAUGGAUUGAAACUUCACACAAUUGUCCAUUGUCAUGAACUGAUAUGCAUUCUAUAGUUUCCAUAACCCUGUUUUGCAAUUUUACAAAAUUAUUCUUCUUUUUCAACUUUAAUUUUUAUUCAACUGACAAGGCUGUUGAAUAGUCGAGCGUUGCUGUCCUCCGACAGCUCUUGUUAUUCUCUUUUUUCGACUUUUCUAUUAUCUAUGUGGCUGAUUUGAGAAGUCGAAAUGGCACAAAUCAUAAGUUUAUUAGCGAGGCCGCUUCGCGAAAAGACGAAAUUUAAGCAUUACAAUGAAAACUCGCUAAUUGUCGGGGUCGCGGGGCGAAAAGUCGAGAUUAAGAAACUAAAAUGGCGAGGGCGCGGGGCGAAAACACGAUAAUUACCGCUCUUCAAAGGUCGAGUUUUCGCACCGCACCCCGUCAUUAUAGUUACUAAUUGUCGACUUUUCGCCCCGCGACCCCGUUAAUUAUCGUGUUUUCGCUCCGCGCCCCCGCUAAAUAGCAAGUUUUCGUCCCGCGCCCCCAGCCAUUUUAUCUUGUUGAUUCUCAUGUUUCGCGGGCCGAAAUGGCAGAAAUCAGCCACCAUAGUUGUUUCAUGUUAAUUUGUUACUGUAUAAUUCCAACUCGAGCUUCUUCAUCAAGAAAAGCAUUGGAUUUUUACGAUAUGCAAUUCCUAAAAUUUGUUGACAUUUUUUCAAUAAAAUGCCCCUAUAAUAUCUUCUUUUCAUUGCAAGUUUGAAAUGCUUUUCCCGUGUUUUUGCCGGUGCUGGAAAAACACAUUUUACACCUAGGGUUGAAAGAUAUAACACCCGUGCUGUAAUUUAUGAAUGAAUGCGUGAAUUUAUACGCUACUGUAAUAGAAUAGUGCUUAAAAUAAAAGCAUUCGCUUUAUUUUAUGUCUCCUAUUAUUUAAGGAUAAUGGUUUGCACAAAACAUAUACAUGUAAAAGGUGCAGUUGAAAAUAUCUGGCUCUAGGACAAGUGUUCUGCGCGGUAGAGCCUCGUUUCCGCCCAAACAAAUAUAUGUCGAUCCGCGCCUUCAACCAGUCACAGAUUUUAAUAAUAUAUUUAGUCUGAUGUAAUUAAGAGAAACCUGUUGACAUUAAUGUGAAACGAACAAGUUUGUAAAAAUAUUUAUUUGUCUUUCUCCAAAUUUAACUUAGUGUAAUUAUAUGUAUGAAUUUUGCUUUUCGUCAUAUAUAUGUAUGUAUGUUUGUUAUGCUUUGGUGGGCUGUUAGCCUUAUGGAAUAAGUUAAUAAGCUCUCUUUAUAAAAACAACCAAACCUAUCAGAGGGUUCCUUUAUUGCAUCAGGACAGCAUGCGCGCCAACACGUACAUACUUUGGUGAGAGAAUGUAUUGAACAAAAUGUUAAAUAUACGCAAACAGAAUAAAGUAAACAGACUUCUGCAUCAGGAUAAGUGUCUUUGGUUUGC